UUCCAGCAGGGUUAAGAGUGACUUUGCAGAGACUGGUGCCUAGAUUCAACUGACCAGUUUCCUUACCCGAGUGACAAAAACAAGGGAUCCCAAAAACUAGCUCAUUUCCUUCAUUUCCCUGCGGAAUGAAACCCAUGAUCUUCAGUUCCUCAGAGAAGUGAGUAAUUCCUGUUAUCUGCAGACUUAACAAGUCAGCCAAACAAGUCAGCCGAGCCUGAGGUGGUGGCCAGGAGCCUGCUCUCCAGACACUGCUGUCCUCUCUUCAAGCCCUGAAGCCAGGGGAGCCCGGGAUGUCUCUGCUGCUGGCCACCCUGCUGCUCCUCCUCUCCACCCACAGCGUCCUGGCCCUGAGGAUCUGCUCCUUUAAUGUGAGGUCCUUUGGGAAAUCCAAGAAGGCAAACUGUAAUGCCAUGGAUGUCAUUGUGAAGGUCAUCAAACGCUGUGACAUCAUACUCCUGAUGGAAAUCAAGGACAGCAACAACGUAAUCUGUCCCACACUGCUGGAGAGACUGAACGGAAACUCAAGAAGAGGCAAAACAUAUAACUAUGUGAUUAGCUCUCGUCUUGGAAGAAACACAUACAAAGAACAGUAUGCCUUUCUCUAUAAGGAAAAGCUAGUGUCUGUGAAAGCAAGCUACCUCUACCAUGACUACCAGGCUGGCGAUGCAGAUGUAUUUUCCAGGGAACCCUUUGUGGUCUGGUUCCAGUCACCCCACACUGCUGUCAAGGACUUCGUGAUUGUUCCCCUGCACACCACCCCUGAGACAUCCGUUAAAGAGAUUGACGAGCUGGCUGAUGUCUAUACGGAUGUGAAACGUCGCUGGAAGGCGGAGAAUUUCAUUUUCAUGGGUGACUUCAAUGCCGGCUGCAGCUACGUCCCCAGGAAGGCCUGGAAGAACAUCCGCCUGAGGACUGACCCCAAGUUCAUUUGGCUGAUCGGGGACCAAGAGGAUACCACGAUCAAGAAGAGCACAAACUGUGCCUAUGACAGGAUCGUGCUUAGAGGACAAGAGAUCGUCACCUCUGUUGUUCCUCAAUCAAACAGCAUCUUUGACUUCCAGAAAGCUUACAGGUUGACUGAAGAGAAGGCCCUGGAUGUCAGCGACCACUUUCCAGUUGAAUUUAAACUUCAGUCUUCAAGGGCCUUCACCAACAGCAAAGAAUCUGUCUCUCCAAAGAAGGAAAAAAAGACCAGUCGCGCCUAGAUACAAGGGUGCCAUUUUAUUCACCAUUUCUUGCCUCUACCUAAAGCAGCUCCAAUAGGUAUGAACUGUUCCCGGCACUCAGGAAACAAGACUGGCCCAACUGCGUUCAUUUUUCAACUUGUAUCUAAUUCAUCUUGAGCCAAACUGGGAAGAGUGUCUUCUAUUCUCCCUCUAGAGCUCGAGCUCAUACCUCCCCUGAAUUACUCAAAAGGAAACUAGGGUCUUUUGCAGUCCAAAACGAUGGCCUUCAUGUCGGGAGCUAGAGCCCCAUCAGCUGUCACUGCUCUACCUGCCGAGAAAGGCCACAGGAAGAGGAACAUCAGCUUUCCGUCUUCUUGAGGGCGUCCUGUUCCAUGCGAAAUGACCAGAAAUGCCAAGAACACCAAGGCCUCAACUGUAGCCCAUGAUUUGGGCAAUGAACUGAGUCAGGAUCUGGCCCUCCUGUCUGAGGUCAGGCCACAAUCAUAUCUUGCAGGGAUGAAGGGUGAAGGCCAUUCCCACUGGUCUCCCUGCCUCCAAAUAGUCCUCCAACUCAGCCAGCCCAGUAACCACCAGUGUCCUCCUUUGAAAUUCCAAUCUGACCACAGCACCCCCUCUUUCCCACCCCCUGCUUUAAAAGCCCCUGAAGGAGCUCCCAUCACCACCUGGAGAGAGCCCAGGGCAUUUGGACAACCAUGAAGGUUUCUAUCACCUGGCCUAUCAUGUCAGCCUUACCUUCGUCCCACCUUGCACUUUUGCCCAGCAGGACUGCCCCUUCCCCGCAUGCCGCAAGCUCUCCCUCCUUCUGGGCUCUGGCUCAGCCCAGCUCAGAGCCUGGGCAACUAACCCCGGCCACCCCAACAUAUGCCAUACCCCUAUUAUAACAUUCACCACACUGCAUGUCACCAAGGCCACUAUUUGGGCUCUUUGGGGGACCUGGUGGGACAAAGGCCCAGUUGGCUGGGAGGGACUGGAGGAUUUUGUUAUCAUUCUGCAACUAAAGACUUGCAGAGGAGUCCAGCAGCGAGGCACCAUUUUACCUAUAUCCACGGUGACCAUUUUUUUGGUUUGUUUUGCUUUGUUUUCCCUUAUAUUGUUUCUCUGUCCAAGUAGUACAUGAACAGGGCUAAAUCUGCAAGCAGUACCAAGGAAUAAGCAAAGAGAAGGAACGCUGUGCCUUGGCCCCCCUGGUGUCCUGUCUCAGAAGCAGCCCCUCCUACCAGCUUACACAUUCCACCAGAGAGUCUGCAUAAAUAAGCACCGUGUGUAACUUUGAGAAAUACAGAGUAUAGCAUUCUAUACACGUGGUCCCUCUCUGCUGAUUUUCCUAAAUAUAUCCAGGACGAUGUGACUUUCGAUAUAAGAAAACGAGACUGUAAGCCUGAUUUUUUU